ACACUCCCACAAAGAUGUGUGUAUAAAAAGAGCAAUCAAUGGUGACAGAGUUCAUCAAAGGAACAUUUUGGUCUCAUUAACAGGAUUCUGCUGCUUUCCAGAGUCAAAAUGGUGAAUUAUGAAGUGACUGUAUCCACUGGCAAUCUCGUCGGUGCCACCACUUUAAACAACGUCUUCAUUAAGCUGGUAGGAACAGAUGGGGAGAGCAAACGCAAGUGGCUCAUGGGGUUCAAAGGAGCUUCAUCCUUCACCAUUGGAGCAGUGUCUAGUUUUACUGUGUCCUGCCCUGUCUCCAUUGGAAAGCUGGUCCUGAUAGAGCUGGACAAACAAUCUCUCCCACUGUUCCCUGAAGACUCUUGGUUCCCCACCAAGGUGGAAGUGAAAUCUCCCGAAGGAGAUACCUACAACUUUCCCAUCUACCGCUGGAUCACUGACAGCGAGGUGCACCGCUUCCGAGAAGGAACAGCUCUGACAGUCUUCGAAGACAACCAUCAUCUUGGCAGGUACAGUCGGCAGAAGGAACUGGAUCAACGAGAGAAGGACUAUCGCUGGCAUGUGUAUGUAGAGGGAAUACCCCACAGCAUGAAGGCAGAGAACCCUCUUUCUUUGCCUGGUGAAAUCCGCUUCUCCUUUACUAAGACCACAGAGUUUCUCUACACUGCAUCCACCGGGCUGACUGAACUGCAACUUAAGGGUCUGGCUAAUUGCAAGAAGAAGUGGACAGAUAUUGAUGCUAUUAAUCGGGUGUUCUGCUGCAAACGGACUGAUAUAUCAGACUAUGUCCAGGAACACUGGAAGGAGGACGCUUUUUUUGGCUACCAGUAUCUAAAUGGUGUCAACCCCAUCUUGAUCCGACGUUGUUCAGCUCUGCCUGAUAACUUUCCUGUCACUGACGACAUGGUCUUCCUCCGUGGACAGGGUAACUUGACAAAUGAAAUGAAGAAAGGCAACAUAUUCCUGUGUGACUACAAGCGUUUGGAUGGAGUGAAAGCCAACACCAUCAAUGGAAAGAAGCAGUACUUGAUGGCUCCUCUCGUCCUGCUCCACAAAACACCUGAUGAUAAACUGAUGCCAAUUGCUAUCCAGCUGAAGCAGACUCCAGCAGAUGACAACCCCAUCUUCUUUCCUACUGAUUCUGAGUAUGACUGGUUGAUGGCCAAGAUUUUUGUGAGAAGUGCAGAUUUCAGUGAACAUCAACUCAAUGUUCACCUGCUGCGCACUCAUCUGCUGGCUGAAGUGUUUGCAGUGUCACUGCUGCGUAAUGUGCCAAUGGUGCAUCCACUGUACAAGCUCCUCAUACCUCACACUCGCUACACUCUGCAGAUCAACCACUUAGCUCGACUUCUUUUAAUAUCUGAGACUGGAGUUUUUACAAAGUUUGCAGCUUCUGGUGGAGAGGGUAUGAUGACAAUCCUGAAGAGAUCACUGUCCUCAAUGACCUACAGCUCCCUCUGCAUACCAGACGACAUUGCUGAGCGUGGUGUGGAGGCUCUGCCGAACUUCUACUACAGGGAUGAUGGACUCAAGCUUUGGGAUCUCAUCCAAAAGUUUGUGCAGGGAGUGCUCAGCUUCUACUACAAGAACGACGCUGAGGUCCAGAAAGACUCCGAACUGCAGAAGUGGAUUUCAGACAUUUUUGAACAUGGAUUUCUUUCCCAAGCACGCCCAGAGAUUCCACAGAGCUUUACCACCGUGGCUGAGUUGGUCAAGUUUGUCACCAUGGUGAUCUUCACUUGCUCAGGACAGCACUCAGCUGUGAAUUCUGGACAGUAUGACUAUGGUGGCUGGAUGCCCAACACUCCCAUCUCUCUGCAACUUCCUCCACCAACCAAAAAGGGGGAAACAAGCGAGGCCACAAUGCUGCAGACAUUCCCUGACGUCAACACAACAGUUCAGGGAAUGUCCACCAUGUGGCUACUCAGCAAGCAGUCGUCUGACUUCGUCCCUCUUGGCCAAUACCCAGAGGACCAUUUCAAUGAGAAGAUUCCCUGCAAGCUGAUAAAGGAUUUUCAAGGAGAGCUUGAAGUGUUAAGUGUGGACAUCAAUGUCAGAAACAAGAGGCUGGAGGUCCCCUACACAUACAUGGAUCCAACAAAGCUAGAAAACAGCGUUGCCAUUUAAAUAUCAGAAGGUGUGACCUCCUCAGCUGUUGGCCAAAUUCAGCUUCAUAUUAACAAAAGUGAGAAAGGGAAGAACUGCAUUUUUCUGUUUUUAACUGAUACUAUAGUGGAAAGAAAUGACUGCAUGGGAUUGUUGCAUGCUGAUCUGUGUUUAUGUAUACAGUCUGAUUGAUUAAACUGUGGUGAAAAAAAGGUGCUGUUUUAAAUCAUGCACAUCUUAAAUAUUCUUAGUUCAUCAAUGACUACACGGGGCAUCUUAUUAAAAUAAAUUACAAAUGUAAAAUAAAAAAUGUGAAGCUGCUGCAUUGAGAAGCUUCUUGGUAACACUUUAUAACAAUGGUACAUGAAUGAUCAUGAAUUCAUGCAUGACUUAAUGCAUGGAAAAGCAUUAAUUCAUGAUAUUUCAUGUACCACUAUUAUAAAGUGUUAUGACAAAACUUUGAAUCAAGCUUUUUAUAGUGAACCUAAUGUGCUAUAGAAAUAAAAACAAAAGUGGUGCACAUGAGUAUAAAAUGGUG